GACGUAUACCAUUGUUGGGAACUUACUGCUGGGCUGAUCAGGCUACGCAGACCACAUAUUCGGCUGCACCGGCAAUUCUUGCACCAAAGGUUCCCUUAAUAAGAUGUCAACUGAUGGAAUUUCCCUUACCACAGUUGGACCCCACUAUCCCACAGACUGGGCAAGAUAUGGCCCACAAAGAAAAGACCACCGUCAGGAUCUACCACCCUAAUCUCGGAUAUGCAGCUCAGCAGUUUCGCUUCAGGUCUGGGAUGAGGCGAUGCAGACCAUGUUGGAGAGAGGAAUGGAACAAAAUUCCCCAUCUGCAUUAGAGGAAGGAAGCUGAAAAUGAACAAUCAGUAUGAAGUCCUUCACCUGUGCAUUAAUUUUAUUUUUAGGAAUCUCUUCUCUAAGUUUUGCCAACUCGCCUCACUGCUGCUUUGCAGCACCCCCAGCUGUUCCAGUCCUGGGUUCACCCACAGUGUAAGUGCCAUGCAGUGUAAACUGCCCUGGCGUGGCAACUGUGUUCCCUAUGUAUCAUACCUCCUGGAGUGGGAACUAGGGUUUAUCCCAGCACCUUGCUCUCCAUCAUGAUGCACCGAAGUUAGUCCUCCAUCAAGAAGGAGCAUGUAGAUGAGAUCAGAAUUUCUUUAAAGACACAGCAUCAGCUAACAACAAUAAAUAAUUGAGUUGGGGUCUCUGACUAUCUGCAAGGGGUCUUGUCCAGUGCUGCAUCUCCUGGGAGCAAUGGGGCAUUGAACUGUGCUGCUGAAAAGUGGAGCAACAGAGCCCAGCUCUUUAGAACUGGGAUGCCUUUGUGCUAUCCCCUGGCUUGUGUUGUGCAGCUGAUACUGUGGGUCUUUCUUGUUAACAUUGUGGUUAAGCUGGUUCUUGUUUCAUUCUGAUCUCAGCCUUGCCACAGCUUGGGCAUGUGAAGCUGGGUGCGGAAAAACUGACACUCCUAGGAAGUGGGCUGCUGGUAGACAUUUCCGUGACAACUUCGCUCAUUUUGCGGCUGAUCCCUGAGCCUUGUGACAUACUCGUGAGGAAAACCACUGGCUACAGAAAGAGUGGAGAUAAAAUUUAUCAACCUCCCAUCAGACCUGAGCCUGCUGUGGUUGACAGCCUCAAAACUCUACCCCGCCUCCGCCUGGGUGACCAGGGGUUAAGCAUACAACCUGCAAUGUACCCAGUGAGCCAGACAUUGCCAGUAUAACUGCCCUCAUUGGCUCUCUAAUAUGGGUUUCUUUCUUACUGCAAAAUCCAUCUAAUCACUUCCUGCUCAAGCGCUUUGCCGCUCUUCCGUUAUUCGCUGAGUGGCUAGCCAGUGCAGAAUCAAUAUUUACUCCCUACAAGAAGCCUGGAUUCCUCAUAGGCACCAGCCAGGAUCUCCGCCUAGGGAUGCUCUUUCUCACUAUCAGCAUGCAGUAGUGAGUGCUAAAAGGAGCACAGUUUCUUUUGCAGGAGAACCUGAAAUGCCUUCUGAGUAAAUACGACUGUACAUCUUUAAAGCACCAAGAAGGGAUGGAAACUGCAGCUGAAAGAGAAUUCAGGAACAAGAAGCCACAAAAACGCAACCUGGGUGUGGUAUGAGUAAUAAACACAGCUUUCUGAAGGCUUUGUGGCUGCCACAAUCUCUACUCUUACAGGGAGCUCCUUUGAUGAUCUGAAGCAUCGUCCUACCAGACAUGGAUAUCUCAAACGCUAUGGUCAGGAAGCCAGGCCUGUCACAGAACAGGCUGAUGGGUGUGUUAGAAACAGAUGACAGCAUCCAGGAAAGUGCAGCUGGUAAACAGGGAGAAAGCAAAGGGGCCAAAGGAGGGAAGGAAGAACCACCACCCCUGGAGACUCCUUACAAGAAAGAGAGCAGUGACUUUGAUCCAAAAAUCAAGAUUAACUUGAAUUAUCGACCAGGACUUUCCAGCAACCAAAAGGACGCAAAUCGCUUUGAAAGAGAUCGGCUCUUUGGUGCUGUCUUGAGGGGUAACCCAGAGGAGCUGGAUGGUUUGCUUGAUUACUUGAGCAGGACCUCCAAAUUUCUCUCCAAUUCAGAAUAUACAGAUGCCAAGACAGGUAAGACCUGCUUAAUGAAAGCCCUGCUGAAUUUAAAAGAUGGGACAAAUGCCACUAUCCCACUGUUGCUAGAAAUAGACCAGAAGACUGAGACUCCAAGGCCACUUGUCAAUGCUGCAUGCACCAAUAGUUACUAUGCAGGUCAGACUGCACUCCACAUUGCCAUAGAGAAGAGGCACCUAGGUUUAGUGAAACUGCUGGUAGAGAAUGGAGCCGAUGUCCAUGCCAGAGCCCAUGGUGAAUUCUUCAGGAAGAAGAAAGAAGGAGUGGGUUUUUAUUUUGGUGAACUUCCCCUCUCCUUGGCUGCUUGCACCAACCAGCUUGAUGUGAUAAAAUACCUCCUUGAUAACCCCUACCAGAAAGCCAGACUCCAGAAACAGGAUUCCCUGGGCAACACGGUUCUCCAUGCCCUGGUGAUGAUCGCAGAUGACACCGAGCAGAACACUGAGUUAGUGAGCAAGAUGUAUGAUGAGAUCUUAAAGGCAGGCAUGAAGAUUAACCCAGCAGAGAAGCUCGAGGAGAUAGUGAACCGGGCUGGGUUAACGCCACUGAAACUGGCUGCCAAGGAGGGCAAAGUAGAGAUUUUCAGACACAUUCUCCAAAGAGAGAUCAAGGAUCCAGAGUACCGGCACUUGUCUCGCAAGUUCACUGAAUGGACCUAUGGACCUGUCCAUGUAUCUCUCUAUGACUUGUCCUCUGUAGAUAGUUAUGAGAAAAACUCUGUGCUGGAGAUCCUUGCUGAGAGCAGUGACACACCAAAUCGAUACAAGAUGGUGGUUUUGGAGCCGCUGAACAAACUGCUCCAGCACAAAUGGGACUCAUUUGCUGCCAGGAGAUUUUACUUAAGUUUUUUCUCUUAUUUUAUAUUCAUGGCCAUCUUCACGGUCCUUGCCUACCAUCGUCCCCUGCAGUUACAGUCUCCGUUUCCUACAGAGUUCACAGCUAUCGGCUUCCUGCAACUCACUGGACAGAUCGUUGUUUUCCUGGGAGGCUUUUAUCUCAUAAUUGCUCAGGGUCUGUACUUUUCGAGGAGAUGGCGGAACCUGAAGAACGUGUUCUCCGAUGGCUGCAUUGAGGUCUUUCUCUUGCUCCAGGCAAUCUCGCUGCUGCUUUCAGCUGUCCUGUAUAUUGUGAGUUCAGAAGACUAUGUACCGAUGAUGGUAUUCUCCUUACUGCUGGGAUGGGUGAACAUGCUGUACUACACUCGGGGCUUCCAGUGGACUGGGAUCUAUUGCGUCAUGAUACAGAAGACCAUCCUGAGGGACCUGCUGCGUUUCCUCAUGGUUUAUGUGAUCUUCCUCUUUGGCUUUGCAGCAGCUCUGGUCACCCUCACAGGGGAUGCUCCUCCAACUUCCCAGAACAAGUCUGUUACCCAAGAGGAUGGCGAUAAAGGCCAUGUUGUGUACAGUGGGUUGCUGAGCACCUCCUUGGAGCUCUUCAAGUUCACCAUCGGCAUGGGGGACCUGGAGUUCCAGGAGCAUGUGAAAUUCAAAUACUUUGUCCUGCUGCUGCUGCUGCUGUUUGUGAUCCUGACCUACAUCCUCCUGCUUAACAUGCUGAUCGCCCUGAUGAGCGAGACUGUCACCAGUGUCUCUGGUUACAGCAAGAGUGUCUGGAAGCUGCAGAGAGCCAUUGCCAUUCUGGAAAUAGAGAAGUCCUGGCUGUGGUGCCCAAGAAGAAGGCAGAGAUCUGGCUGCUUCUUGUCUGUGAGCCUUGAUGAUAAGGAAGAUCAGAGAUGGUGUUUCAGAGUGGAGGAGAUUAACUGGGCCAACUGGGAAAAGGAGCUGGGAGUCAUCAAGGAGGAUCCUGGGAACUCCAGAGACUUGGAAAUAGAAUCCCUAGUGAAGAGAGUGCGGGACAAGAUGUCACGGGCGCAAGCAAACUCAGCAGAACUGGAGGAGCAGUUGCCAUUACAUCCCAUCAACCAGUAAAUGAGAGGAGGCCACUAGAAAAGGACAAGCCAAGAGACUGUAGCAUGUUCUCGGCAUUGGGAUCCCGUCAUUGCUCCCAUCUGUAACGGAAUUCUUCAUUCUAUGGUGCCACUAAUGUUGAGAUGGAAAAGUAAUCCGUAUUAACAUGUCUCAUCAAACACUGUGUUUCAGUCUGUGUUUUGUGCGUACAAAGUAUUUCCUUUGAAGAAAUAAUUUCUGUUCAACUUCUUCUGCCUGAUACUUUCUUCCUACAAUGCUUAAAAAGAGGAUGUGUGUGUGAGAGAGAUUGGGGGUGUGUAUCCUCGAUGGGAUGGUUUUGUAAUCGAAGCCUCAGGUUUGAAAUUUCUCUCUGGAAGGCCAGGUUAAAAUUUCAUUUGAGUCAAUUUAGCCCUUCAUGCUUGUGAGACAGGAAAACUUAGUUCCAUGCAGCUCAAUAUGUGUAGAACUUUUGGAUGAUACUUUUCCAACCACAGGACCUGUCUGCUGUGUACUGACAGUAUAAGAUACCAAGUACUUUUUGUGAGAACAGAACUUUGUCCUAGUGUUUGUGGCCAGAAAAAUGUUCUCUUCUGCACUGUUAUCCUCAAUCCCACAUGUGACUGCAUUUCAGGCAAUCUAUCUGGGAAGUGCUUUGGAAUUAAAGGUGUAUAAAGCAUUGUUCAAAGUU